CCUCGCUCGCAUCAAUCAUCAUCACCCACCGCAGUCACCUGACAAUUUUUUUCGCAGUUUAUUUAUUAGUGAAUACUUUUCCGAUAUUGCAUCCGAAGAGUGAAGAUGACAUCAUGGCAGUGCUGUUUUUAUCCCCAUCACACGUGUCGUUUUGUCGUCUUCUUGUCCUGUAUUCUUGUGGGUUAACAUUUCUUGGUGUUAGCAAAUCAUUCGUGCGGGCUCAGAGAGAGGAUUAUGACAAUCCUGAUGACGUGACCUUUCGCUGGGUGCCCGUCUCUGACACCGGUGGUGGUGGUGUUGGUGAGAGGAGAAGGGUCCGCGUGUACGGAACCGUGUCGAACUUUACCGCUGGGAACUUUAUGAACACCAGCUACGCGACAUUUUACGGAAUUCCUUUCGCCCUCGCACCCACGAGCCACCUCCGCUUCACGAGACCCACGCUUCGCUAUUUGGACAAGGAUUUCCGUGCAACUGUUCCCCCUUUGGGAUGUCCUCAGUUGUUUGGUGGUGGUGGUGGGGGGAUGAUCGGGUCGGAGGAUUGUCUGCAAUUGAACGUCUACGUCCCGACAAUGACAGGAGGAGAUUCGAUGCCUGUGCUGGUCUGGAUUCAUGGGGACAAUCCGGACCGUCUCACGGGUGCAAAAGUCCUGGCACCACUCACUUCCGGGAAAGCGAUGGAUAUUGAUCCGGCCUUCUUUAUGCCGGGAAGAAUGGUCGUCGUCGUCCCGCAGUAUCGUUUGGGAACUUUGGGAUUCGCCUCUACGGUGAAUGAGGACCUUUCCGGAAACAGUGGCCUUUUCGACAUCCUGCUCAGUCUCGAAUGGGUGGCCAAGUUCAUCUCCCAUUUUUCUGGUGACCCGGGCCAAGUGACGUUGCUGGGUGGGAGCUUGGUUGGUCUUCUUGCCACGACAGAACUUGGGAGAGGUUUCUUCCAGCGCGUCAUUCUCAUGGGCGGCGGCUCACCUAUCAGUCCACUCAUCGCGGUCGACCCCACGCCCAAGGUCACGUAUGGCGAGGUGGCCCUGCAGAAUGGCUGUCCCUCCUUCCCCUCCUCACAUUUUGUCAGAUGCAUGCAGGCUAGGAGGGUUGGCUCCAUUGUGGAGGCGGAUGCCAGAUUGGCGAAGGGACGUGGGGGAGGUUUGGCCAGAGCGAGGUUGCCACUUCCUGUCAUCGAGAAGGAAUCUGAUGGUCGAUUUCUGCCACCGCUGCUUUUUCGGACACCGACCACUUCGUUGGCGGAAGGAAGUUUCCACCACGUCCCGAUCAUGGUGGGCGUAACGGGGGCAGAGAUGCAAGGAUUUCUUACUGGCAUUGCUGGGGCAGAGUCUGCGGACGAAGUAAAGGUUUUGUCCUCGCCUGACGUCCUCCAGAACUUUGUCCGGUCCUUGUUGAUCCGAAGUGGGGGUGGGGCCAUUGACCCAGACGCUGCCUCCACCCUUCUCGCUUUCGAGUACUUUGCCGGGUUGAACAUCACGGAGAGACCGGAGCAGGCGUGGGAUAUUUUGGAAGAGCUGUUGGGCGAUAUGAUCUACACCAUGCCGGCCCUGUCUAUGGCGAAAAUGUGGUCAAAACAUGCUCCAGUAUAUUUCUACCUUUUCGAUCAUGGCGAUUCUGCAAGCCACGGUUCCGAUGUCGCCUUCCUCCUAAAUGGUCACACGUCUCCUUCCGGUACUGAUCGUGACCUUGCCGCCGUCAUGACUUCCCUCUGGACGAGUUUCAUCCACCAAGGAACACCUCUCAAUGCGGGGAUCCCAUGGCCCGAAUGGCGUGACACAUCCGGUCGCCAAGUCCUACUCCUCUCGGGGGACGAAGUGGGCGUCGCGCGGGGGACGAGAGAACGGCAAUUUCACCUCUGGAACACACUCCUCCCCGCAAUUACCAUGUCGAGCAGUAAGUGUCCCAAAGCGUCGUCUGCCUACUUGUCGUCAGCAUCUCAAUUGAAGAGCAGUCGGGGGAAGACAAGUCUUAUUUUCAAAGAUGUGGACGAGGCGGAAGUGGGCAAGACGUUCUUUACGAUGCAACAACCACAAGUAGCACGUGAUGAUAAAUAAUAAUUUGGUGCAAUAAAUCAGUAUUAAUUUUGUAACGUUAGUUUAUUACCGCAUUUUUAUACUUGUGUAUCUGACACAAAAUCCUCACUUGUUUUAAAUACAAAUAUUAUCAGGAUUCAAGUACGAGUAGUAAUUUUAAUCAAUUGAUUCAAACUUUACAAAUAAUAUGGAGACAGUAAAUAAAAGUAUGUGUCAACCUGAAUGAUAAUUAAUUAAA